CAGAAUGAUCAGUAAAUACUGGACCCUCUAUGGGGCCUCCGCCCGGAAAAUGGUGAAAGAAAUUGAAAUCGGCCAGCACGCCAAGUACACUUGCUCUUUCUGUGGCAAAACAAAGAUGAAGAGACAAGCUGUGAAAAUCAGGCACUGUGGUUACUGCAUGAAGACAGUGGCUGGUGGUACCUGGACCUACAAUACCACUUCCUCUGUCACAUCAAGUCUGCCAUCAGAAGACUGA